AUGUUGGUCUCUACCACGUCCGCUCCCUCGGGCCUGGAUGCACCAAAUGCGUCCAAGGUCUUGAAGCCGGACCAGAUCAACAGCAUCAACGACCUGCUUCUCCACAAGGCCGAAACGAUACCCAACACGCCACUCAUUGCGUACCCAUCCUCGGAACACAGCAGUAGCGAUCUAGCAGAGUACACAGCAAAAGACCUCGAUGCCUUCGUCGAUGAAGCCGCAAAAGAGUACACCCGGCUGGGCCUGCUGCCAAAAGAACGUCGCAGCACGCGCAGCGAGGUCGUCGCGCUCCUCGGCCCGUCCAACCUCGACUACGUCAUCACGCUCCUCGCGCUCUCGCGCAUGGGCUUCGCCGUGCUCUUCCUGUCGACGCGGCUCCCGACCGAAGCCUACGUCUCGCUGCUGCAAAAGACCAAAUGCACCAAGAUUGUCGCGUCAGCGCGGUUCGCCAGCACCACCGUCGCGGACAUCCAGCGAGCGUCGGGCGAAAACCACGCCAUCGAAUCGUUCCCGCAGCUCGACAAGGCCGUGUACGCGCCGGGCGGCCGCCCGCCCACCACGGCCGGCACCGCGCGCUUCGUCCGGCGCACGGAGCUCGUCGACGAGGAAAAGUGCGUCGCCUUCAUCGUGCACAGCUCGGGCAGCACGGGGCUGCCGAAGCCCAUCUUCCAGACGCACCGCGCGUGCUUGUCCAACUACGCGCUGGGGUCGGGCAUGCGCGCGUUCGUGACGCUGCCGCUGUUCCACAACCACGGGCUCGCGACCACGUUCCGCGGCAUCGUCAGCGGGAAGCGCACGGUGCUGUUCAACGCGAGCUUGCCGCUGACGAAUGCGAACCUGGUGGAGGCGAUGGGGGCGGCGGAUGCGGAGAGCUUUCACUGCGUGCCGUAUGCGUUGAAGGUGCUGGCUGAGACGGACGAGGGCGUGGAGCAGUUGCGGAGGUGUCGGUUGGUGCUGUUUGGGGGGAGUAGCUGUCCGGAUGAGCUGGGAGAUGAGCUGGUGCGGAGGGGGGUGUAUGUUGUGGGUCAUUAUGGGGCCACCGAAAUGGGCCAGCUCAUGACGUCGUUCCGCGACCCGGAGUCGGACAAGGCGUGGAACUACGUGCGGCCGCUGCCCAAGGUGGCGCCGUACCUGCGCUUCGUCGACGUCGGCCCAGGCAUCUUUGAAUGUGUGGUGCUGGACGGGCUGCCGUCCAAGGUCAUCUCCAACUCCGACGACCCGUGGCCCAACUGCUUCCGCACCCGCGAUACCUUCGUGCCGCACCCGUCCAUUCCCGACGCGUGGAAGUACCUGGGCCGCUUGGACGACCGCGUCACUUUGAUGAACGGCGAGAAGGUACUGCCUAUCCCGUACGAGCACCAGGUGCGCCAGCACGAGCUCGUCCAGGACGCCCUGGUGUUCGGCAUCGGCCGCGCGUUCCCUGGCCUGCUGGUCAUUCCGAGCGAGAAGGCGGCAGGUAUGCCCAAGGAGCAACUGCUGGAUACACUGGAGCCGACACUAAAGACUGCGAAUGCGCGGGCGGAGAAGUUUGGCCAAGUGGCACGCGAGAUGGUCGAGAUCCUGCCAUACGGCACCGACUACCCGCGUACCGACAAGGGCACCAUGAUCCGCGCCGCCUGCUACAAGGUCUUCGCCGACCUCAUCGACGCCGUCUACACGCGCUUCGAGUCCGGCGAGGGCGUCACGAAGCGCAAACUCGACGCCGCCAGCCUACAAUCCUACCUGGCCGACCUCUUCGCCAACCGCGUCGGCCUCGCCGCCACCCUCGCACCCGACACGGACUUCUUCGCCGCAGGCAUGGACAGCCUGCAGUCCAUCUCCGCCCGCGGCCACAUGCAGCGCGAACUCGACCUCGCCGGCGCCGUGCUCGGCCAAAACGUCGUCUUCGAGCACCCCUCCAUCGCCCAGCUCACCGCCCACCUCGACGCCCUCGCCAACGGCACCACCCACCACCAACAAAAACCCUCCGAAACCGACCUCAUGCGCUCCCUCGUCGCCCAAUACACCGCCACCCUCCCCGCCUUCGUCCCCGGCACCACCCCCCCACCCCCCACCGACACCGUCCUCCUCACCGGCGCCACCGGCUCCCUCGGCGCCCACAUCCUCGCCCAGCUCCUCCCCCUCCCCCACAUCACCACCAUCUACUGCCUCGUCCGCGCCCCCACCCCCACCGCCGCCCACUCCCGCAUCCUCUCCUCCCUCCGCACCCGGCACCUCUCCCCCCCACCCCCCCUCCUCACAACCAAACUCAUCGCCCUCCCCUCCGACCUCAGCCUUCCCACCCUCGGCCUCCCGCCCUCCACCCUCUCCCGCCUCCGCGCCUCCUGCACCACAAUCAUCCACUCCGCCUGGGCCGUCAACUUCAACCUCGGCGUCUCCAGCUUCGCCGCCCACCACAUCGCCGGCACCGCGCACCUGCUGCGUCUGGCGCUCUCCGCGCCCUUCGCGCAUCCCGCCCGCUUCGCGUUCGUGUCGAGCGUCUCCGCGGGCGCGGGGACGCCGCCGCCGGCGGUGGUGCGGGAGGCGCUGGUGGAGAGGCCCGAGGACGCGCAGGGGAUGGGGUAUGCAAGGAGUAAGUGGGUGGCGGAGCAUGUGGUUGGGGGGGCGAGGGAGAGGGCUGGAUCCGCGGGGUUCCGCGUGCUGCGGACGGGGCAGAUUGUGGGGGAUAGCGUGGAGGGGGUGUGGAAUGAGACGGAGGCGAUUCCGUUGAUGGUGAGGGCGGCGAGGGGGGUGGGUGCGUUGCCGAUGUUGGAUGAGACGCCCGCGUGGUUGCCGGUGGAUAGGUGCGCGGAGGCGGUGGUGGAGCUGAGUGGGGCGGGGAGGUCGUUUGGGGAGUGGGUGGCGGAGGGGGAGGAGGCGCGGGCAGGGGACGAGGGGCUCGCGUAUCAUGUGCAGAAUUCGAAGACGUUUAGGUGGACGGAGGACUUGUUGCCGGCGUUGAGGGAGGCGGGGCUGGAGUUCGAGGUGGUGGGGCAGAGGGAGUGGGUGAGGAGGCUGAGGGAGGGCGAGCAGGAUCCGAUGAAGAAUCCGACGGUCAAGUUGGUGGAUUUCUUUGCCGAGAAGUAUGAUAAUGACAGGCCGGGGAGGAAGGGGCUGGUUUUUGCGACGGAGAAGACGGCGGAGAGGAGCAAGGUCAUCAGGGAGGGGGUGGAUGUUAUUGGGACCGGGGUGGUGGCCAAGUGUGUUCAGCAGUGGUUGAAGACCUGGUAA